CUCGCCCCUUGAAAUUUUGAACUAGCUUCGCUUUCUCUGUUCUUAAAUCUUGACUUUUUUUGUUUGGCUCUUCUCCACCUCCAUUAACAACCAAACAAGAGCUUCCAAGCUUUGCAGGUGAAGAACUCCAACAACCACCUUCAAAGUCUAGAGCCAUAGUUUUAGUGGAGCAGUUGUUGUUUAUCUGAUUAUAUCAUCCUGUUUGAGAGUUAAAAAGCUUGUUCUCUAAUGGCUUCUUCCAUCUUGGGAAUGCCCAACAUGGGAUCUCCUUUCUUGGUUCAGCUCAAGAAGCAAGCUUCUUUCUUUCUCAAAGAGAAGAUCAAGACUGCUCGCUUGGCUCUCACUGAUGUUACUCCUGCUCAACUCUUGACGGAAGAGGUAACCAAUGGGAGUUCAUGGGCACCAGAUGCCAAAACCAUGGGAUUUAUAUCAAGAGCAGCGUUUGAGAUUGAUGAUUAUUGGAGGAUUGUUGAGAUUCUCCACAAAAGGUUGACUAAGUUUGAUAGGAAGCAAUGGAGAGAGCCGUAUCAUGCUAUCAUAGUGCUGGAGCAUCUUCUCACUCAUGGACCAGAGAGUGUUGCUGAUGAGUUUCAGGCUGAUGGAGGAGCCAUUGAACAGCUUGGAAACUUUCAAUACAUUGAUGAGAGAGGGUUCAAUUGGGGGUUGACUGUUAGGAAAAAGUCAGAGAGGGUGUUGAAGCUACUUGAGAAAGGACCAUUGCUGAAAGAGGAGAGGGACAGAGCAAGGAAGGUCACACGUGGGAUUCAAGGCUUUGGGAGUUUCAAUCACAGAUGGUCCUCCAAUCCAUCUUCUUGUGAGGAUCACUAUGCAAAAAGAUGCAACUCUCACUAUGAGGAUUUUAUUGUCCAAGAGGAUUUUUCUGAUUCCCUGAAGACUGUUGUUGAAUCAAAGCCACUUUUGGUAAACCAUGAAGAUAAACCAAAGGUUGAACUUCAGAAAGAAGAAGAACAUCCAUUCAGCAGUGUUGAACAUAAGAAAAAAAUGGAGUCUUUGUUACUUCUGAAUUAAUCCUGAGAAUUCUUGUAUCAUGUUAUGCAGACUCCCUGUCUGCUAUUUUCUUUUCUGUAGAGUGUGUUGUUGCUGCAGUUUUAAUGCUACACAGUAAUCUUGUUUAUUGAAUCCAGAGAUAAAAACAGAAAAAAAAAACAAAGUAAAAGAAUUUGAUUUCA